AUGGAGGGAAGUACUGAUACAGGCGAUUUGGGAUGGUUUCGAAAAUUGCUUAUAUGUUCAUUAAUUAUUAUUAAUUUUACUAAUUUACCAAAUGGAACAAUAACUGAUUGGACACUUUUUGUAUUGAUUACAAGUUAUGAAGUUGCUUAUUUAGUAUUUUGGAUUAUUUAUGGAGCAAUAAAACUUCGUAAUUUAUAUAAACUUCAUACUGGUGAAAUUAAUCAAAUUUCAAGUGAUUAUUCAACUAAUUCUAUAAGUGAAUUUAUUUUUCGACUCCAAGCUAAUAUUGAAUAUUUUACUAUAUAUAUAGGAAAUAUAUUUUCAAAAUCCAUAAUUAGAGCGAUUAUUUCCGGUAUUUUUUGUGCACUAAUGAUACUGGAAGUAUGUUGCUGUUUUUCGACAAAAAUACGAAUAAAUACAACAACUGCUAUAAGUGAAACAAUGCCACUUCGAAGUACUACAACUCAUUCAAAUCCAUCAACGGCUAUUGAUACUACAAUUCCUCAUACACGAUCUGUAUCAGUAUAA